GAUCCAGAGGAAGAGGAGAGCGAGCUCGACGAACGCGACUUUGACGAUCUGCGGGUUGAGGACGAAGACUGGGAGAUGGCAGAAAGAGAUUUUACGAAACAAUACAAUCGGCUGAGACAACAUGUCGCAGUUCGCACUGGUAACGUGCAGGGGAUCGUAUCAAAUGCUCCGUCAACCUCUGUCACUACGGCCACAUCUUCUUCAGGCAGCGUUCAUGUAGCCUCUCUCCCCGCAGUGAACCGGCCGAGGAAUGUGGAUGUCACCAAACAGCGAGACAAGACCGCUGACCAGCUCGCUGCGCUCUCGAAAUAUUCGUCGCGCAUCUCAAACAUCGACUUGCCCUAUCAAUUGGGUGUCGGGGUGAACAGGAAAGGUCCAAGUGCCACCGCCAACAUGAAGGACAAAUCGGACCGUGCAACGACCGAACAGGUACUGGACCCGCGGACGAGGGUCAUUUUGUACAAGAUGAUCGGCCGUGGCCUGAUCCAGGAGGUCAACGGCUGUGUCAGCACAGGUAAAGAGGCGAAUGUUUACCACGCCGUAUCACCUACAGGGGAACACCUGGCGCUCAAGAUUUAUAAGACGUCCAUCCUGGUCUUCAAAGACCGAGACAAGUAUGUCUCUGGCGAGUACCGAUUUCGACGCGGGUACUCGCGGCACAACCCGCGCAAGAUGGUGAGGGUGUGGGCCGAGAAGGAAAUGCGAAACCUCAAGCGGUUGGCAGCGGCAGGACUACCGUGCCCACGAGCCGUUGAAGUCAGGGAGAACGUCCUAGUCAUGUCGUUCUUGGGGGACGAGGAAGGAUGGGCAUCUCCGCGGCUGAAAGAUGCAUCUAUACCAUCGGCGGAUUAUCCGGCCCUCUACUCGGAGAUCGUUUUGGCCGUCCGCACGCUCUUCCAUAAAUGCAAACUGGUGCACGCUGAUCUAUCUGAAUACAACAUUAUCUAUCACAAAUCGCAUCUCUACAUCAUCGACGUUUCUCAGAGCGUCGAGCACGAUCAUCCGCACGCGUUCGACUUCCUACGAAACGACCUGAAAAACGUCGAAGAAUAUUUUGGACGCGCUGGCGUGAAGACGCUUGGGCUGCGGAGAUCCUUCGAUUUUGUGACGCGGGAUCAGCUGGCGGAUGGUGCAGAGACGGAAGAGGUGGAGGUUUUGCACCAGUGGCUGGCAGAAGAGGUGAAAGAGGAUGAGAUCAACGAAAACGACGAGGAGGUUUUCAGAAAGUCGUAUAUUCCUCGGCGGCUCAAUGAGUUAUACGAUCCGGAGCGAGAUGUCGCGCUCGUGAAGGAGGGCGAGGGCGACAAGCUCAUUUACGCUGACAGCAUCGGGUUGGUGGACCCUGCGAAGGAGAAAAGGGUCGAGGGGAAGGGAGAGAAGGGUCAAGUUAGGUUUGAAGAUCAGUCAGGGAGCGAAGACGAAGACGAGGAAGAGGAAGGCGAGGAAGAGAGCGGGGAUAGCGAAGAGAAGCCGUCCGAGGAUCGCCGUCCACGCGGUCACCGACACGAGGACCGCGAGGCCAAAAAGGUGGCACCUUCGAUGUCCCGCCCGAUGCACGCUGACCACAUGCUGUAGGAGAGGAAGAAAGCGACGAAAGAGGAAGCCCGGG